AAGAUCCAACACGUAGCCAUCCUUGCUUGGCACCGUUUCCUCCGCACACCCUACGUCGCCUGUUUUAUCCAUCGACCACCCGGCGACGACGAGCUCCUCCUCCUCGCGAUCAUCAUGGCCGCUACGGCUCGCCUUCUCCUCUUUCUCGUCGUCUCCUUCCUCGCCUCCUCAUCCUCCUUUUCUCGUGUUGCCAUCUCCACCACCUCUUCCCCUGCUUCGCCUCGGAAUGUUUCGCUGGCUCUCUACUACGAGACCCUCUGCCCUUACUGCUCCAACUUCAUCGUCAACCAUCUAUCCAAAAUCUUCCACGACGGCCUCAUCUCCAUCGUCGACCUCGACCUCAUUCCCUAUGGCAACGCCCGCCUCGGCUCCGACUCCACCAUCUCUUGCCAGCAUGGCCUCAACGAGUGCUUAUUGAACACUGUGGAAGCCUGUGCCAUCAAUGCUUGGCCUGAUCUGAGCAUACAUUUUAGUUUCAUUUAUUGUGUCGAACAUCUGGUUUUGGAGCAUAAAUACACCGAGUGGGAAUCCUGCUUCUCAAAACUUGGUCUGGAUUCAAAUGCUGUUUUAAAUUGCUAUGAUAGCGGACAUGGGAAAGAGCUUGAAUUACAGUAUGCAGAGAAAACAGAUUCCCUUCAGCCCCCACAUAGAUAUGUACCCUGGGUGGUAGUGGAUGGGCAGCCACUGUAUGAGGAUUAUGAAAAUUUUGAAGCUUACAUCUGCAAAGCAUAUCAUGGUGAGCCUCCAGAGACUUGCUUAGGUUUGCUCCCGAAGAAGGAUCACAAGAUGAAAGCAGACAAUCAUGUAUCUUAUGCUGAUGAAAUGAUCAGCUCCUCCAUUGCUGCUGUUCACGGUGUCGCAAAGAUAGAUAUGGUAGUCUAGACUUCUGAAUGGGCUUCCUACUACCCCAGUAAUCACUUAGUUGUCUGUUGAAGCCAUCUGCUGGUUAUGUGUCGAUAAGCCAGCUCUGUUAAAUGCUGGACUGGACAAUGGUAUGUGUACAUGCGACAUGGACUGGAUGAUGCUUAGCUAUUUGCAAUGGUUCUGAAUGGCUGCAGCUAUUUACUUACUGUA